AUGAACUCCCCAUCACCAUCACAACCCUCCUCCUCCUCGCCAUCAACCCUCCCCUCCUCGCCCUACCCCUACGCCUCCGCCCCAGACAUCAUCCGCGCCCACCAGAAAGACGCCUACUACAAAGGCCACCUCUCAAACACCCUCACCUCCCUCCACCGCCUCCUCCUCGGCGCCCGCUCCGCACACUCGGCCACCGCCCUCCACAGGCUCUUUGCAGACACCUUAUACCUCGGCCUCACCACCCUCCCCGGGAACCGCACCCUCGGCGAAGAGUACUGCGACCUCGUCCAACUCCACGUCGGCACCGACGACGACCCCUCCGGCGCCCUCCCGACCCUAGCCCGCCGCGCAUCCUACAUCGCGACAUCCGUCCUCCUCCCCUACAUCGCAGGCCGCGCCCUCCCCACCCUCCGCCCCCGCCUCCGAACCCUCCUCGAACCGUCCUCCUCUUCGAAAUCCCCCUCAAAACCAGCAUCCACAAAAGAAGCGAUAAAAGCCUACCUCUCCACAAACCUCCCCUCCCUAACCUCCGCAGCGCCCCUCCACGCAGCAACCCUCGCAAUCUUCUACUUCACGGGCACCUACUACGAGCUCGCCAAACGCGUCCUCGGCCUCCGCUACGUCUUCACCCGCCGCGUCCCCGACUCCCCCGACCGCGCAGGCUACGAGGUCCUAGGCGUCCUCCUCGUCGCCCAGCUCGCCGUGCAAUCCUACCUCCACAUCCGCUCCACAAUCUCCGAUCUUUCCUCCCAAGCAGCGGCAGCAGCAGCACGCACGCAGGCCGCCUCUACUACAUCUCUGCUAGACGUCUCCCUCGACGCAAACGCCUACGCAGCAAACACGGGCCUCCUCCUCACCGAGACAGGAACGCCAGGCGGCAACGGCACAAGCAAAGUCGACAUCGCCGCCGUCACGCACACGCCCGUCGUUCCCGCAGAUGCCUCUUCCGGCGGAGGAGCAGGCGAGCCCGGCGCGCGCUUCGAUCUCAGCGACGAAAAGACAAUGGCGUACAUCUCGGGCGCCGCGCAGAGGAAAUGCACACUCUGCCUGGAAGAACUCAAGGACCCGUCCGCGACGCAGUGCGGACAUGUGUUUUGCUGGACGUGUAUCGGGGACUGGGUGCGCGAGAAGCCAGAGUGUCCGCUGUGUAGACGGGAGGCUAUGGUGCAGCAUAUCCUACCCUUGCGGAUUGCUUGA